UAUUAUAAUUAGAAAAAUGGUUUUCGCUCCCGAAUUACGUACCCACGCACAAAAUGUUUGCACUCUUUAUAAAAAGGCGAUGAGGCAAGUGGAGUCUUAUUAUUGCGCAAGAAAUGUGGUUCGUUACCAACAAGUUAUCCUCAGAAGUCGUUUUGAUGCGAACAAGCGCGUGACCGACGCGAAGGACCAACGGCGUUUGUACCGAGUCGGAUUACAUGAACUCUUCAUGACCCAGCACCCCGUGCCGAUCGCUAAAUUUCCAAGGUCAGUGGGUAUAGCUGGGGGCGUGGCUUACGCUCGCGUGGUUGAGCCACCAGACUGGGUGUUAGAUUACUGGCAUCCAUUAGAAAAGGCUCAAUAUCCGGAGUACUUCAAGCGACGCGAAAUUAGAAAAUGCGAAUACAUUGAUAAAUGGGAGAGCGGUGUGUUAAUGUAAUUA